GUUUUUGGAAGAACAACCCGAACACAACUUUGAAAGUACGCAGCAACGGUUUCGUAUUCAUUGGUCGUUCACCUUCAGCUUCAAUCCACCACUAUAUCACCGCCAACAUAAAUAUUGUUUUAAAUUUUCAGCCUAUACAGGGAGAGAAGUUUCAAAGGGUAAAUAAUUUAAUUCAGCGAAGACGCUGAGAAAUAAUUUGCAAUCAUGUCAGAAGCCACCUCGUUAAACAACAGCGGCAAGAAGCUGAUGAUUUACAACAGUCUGACUCGCAAGAAGGAGGUGUUCACUCCGCAGAAUGGCAACAACAUCACCUGGUACUCUUGCGGACCCACAGUCUACGAUGCCUCCCACAUGGGCCACGCCCGCUCCUACAUGUCCUUCGACAUCCUGCGGAGGGUCCUGAGAGACUACUUUGGCUACGACAUUACUUACGUCAUGAACAUCACCGACAUCGACGACAAGAUCAUCAAAAGAGCCAGGCAGAAUUAUUUGUACGAAAAGUACGCAGCCGAGUUGAGUGAGCUGGAAACUCUCCGAAAAGAUGUCGAGGAAUCUGUCGGCCGUCUAUCCAAACAAAUGGCGGUGACCACCGAUCCCGAUAAGAAAGUCAUGUAGAAGACGAUGCUGGCCAAAGUCACCGCCGCCAUUAACAAAUCGGCCGAAAUAACCAUCAAAGCUGCGGAUGGUCUAUGCCACGAUGCCAAGAGCUUUUUGUUGGCGGAAGCCAAAGAUGUUUUGAGCGACUGGCUCGACUCCAAGCACGGCAUGGACGUUUCGGACAACGCCAUUUUUGCUUCACUCCCGCGAUACUGGGAGGAGGAAUUCUACAAAGACAUGGCCGCUCUCAACGUCCUACCCGCCGACGUGAUUACUCGCGUCAGCGAAUACGUUCCAGAGAUUGUCGAUUACAUCGCCAAAAUCAUGGAACGUGGAUUUGCAUAUUCGGCCAAUGGCUCUGUGUACUUUGAUGUUGCCAAAUUCGAUUCACAAAAGAAUCACAAGUACGCCAAAUUGGUGCCGGAAGCUUACGGCGACUCCAAGGCCCUGCAGGAAGGCGAAGGCGAUCUGAGCGUCUCCGAAGAUCGUCUGAGCGAGAAGAAAUCGCCCAACGAUUUCGCCCUUUGGAAAAAUUCCAAGAGCGGCGAGCCUUCGUGGGAUUCUCCAUGGGGAAAAGGACGCCCUGGCUGGCAUAUUGAAUGCAGCGUGAUGGCCAGUGCAAUUCUGGGGUCGUCAAUGGAUUUUCACACGGGUGGCGUCGACCUCAAGUUCCCCCACCACGACAACGAACUUGCCCAGUCUGAAGCCUAUUACGAUAACGACGAAUGGGUUCGCUAUUUCCUUCACACCGGUCAUGUGACCAUCCAGGGUUGCAAAAUGUCCAAAUCGCUCAAGAACUUCAUUACGAUCCAAGAUGCGCUGAGUCGCAACAGCAGCCGCGAAUUGCGCAUCUUCUUCUUGCUGCAUCAGUGGAAGGAGACGCUCGACUACAGCGACAGCGCCAUGGAAGAAGCCUCGAGCUACGAGAAAAUGCUCAGGGAAUUCUUCCUCAACGCCAAGGAUCUCUUGAGGAGCGGCCCGACUGCUGCCGCCAUCACCGCCCAUCAGCAGCAACAUUUCCAAAAAUGGAGCGACGCCGAGCGGGAACUCAACCAGCGGUUCGUCCAAGCCAAAAAUCGAGUGCGCCAAGCUCUCUGCGAUAAUAUCGACACUAAAACUUCCUUGGAGGCCAUCAAGAGCCUGAUUUCAGACUGCAACAAAUACCUAGCGCGGAUGAAACGAUCGGCCAACCGGGUGCUGAUCAAGUCCGUCGCCGAAUACGUCACGCGAUUGUUCCAGAUCUUCGGCGUCAUCGAAGGCAAGCAAACCCUCGGAUUUCCCAGCACUGAAUCGUCUGCUGGCGGACCAGGUAAUAAUGACAUUAGCGCCGAAGAAAUCGUCAUGCCCGUCCUGGAAGCGCUGGCGGAAUUCCGGGAAGAAGUGAGGAAAGAAGCUCGACAGUUAGGGGCGAAGCCAGUUCUGGAACUUUGCGAUCGAUUUCGAGAUGAUGUCUUGCCCAGCUUGGGCGUACGACUGGAAGACCGUGAGGGUCAACCACCUGCUUUGAAGCUCGUCCCGCGUGAUGAACUCCUCAAGGAGAUGAAACUUCUCAAGGAGAAACUCCUUAAGGAGAAAGAAGAGAGAAAGGAUGCCAGACAAGCUGAGCUAAAUCGUAAAAAGAUAGAGUUAGAAGAUUUGCGAGAAGCAAGGAAUGCCAGACGAGCUGCGUUAAAUCAUCAAUAGACUUUAUUUUAUUAGAAGAAUUGCGAAAAGAAAGACGAAAUGAAAUCGGUACGCACAUGCCAAGAAAUAAAGAUAAUAAUUAACUGUAUAAUUAUUCAUUUUGCCACCCAAUUGUUAUUACGUACAAGAGUAAUAUAGCUUUGGUGAAGGUGAAUUAGAUUUUAGAUGUAUUCGAUUCAACCAAUUACAAAUACAAUCAUUCAUAUGGAAACCAU